AUUCAAACUGCAGGAGAUAAUUUAAAUAACUUAGGGUCUUUGAUUCGCUCAUCAAAACAAAUAACCGAGAACAAUUUUUCACCGUCGUAUAUCGGUGCGUAUGUAUAUCUAAUCAUUCGUGGAGGAUUAUCGAGGUUUACAACGAAGAACAAACAGCAAAAAUGAGUUCAGAUGUUGUUAAAGCGGACGUUGACACUCCAAAAGAUACGAAAGCGGAUAAAGCGGCUAAAAACUUAAAACCGACGAAAGGGAAAGAGCUGACGCCUGGCACGUCAAGUAAAACUCGUCCUCCAAGCACCGUCUCUGUUACUCAAUCGAUGGCUACGUCGUUUUCAAGACAAGACGGCCGACGCGUGCCCGAAAUUGCCAUGGAGAACACAUUUAAAAUGACACCUGAUCGGAAAUUUCCCGAGGGCGACGUUCGCUCCAUACUCAAGGAAAUUCUAACGGAGAGGCUGGCGGAAGCAAAGUACGAUGCGGAUCAGUGCAGGCAGCUUUCCAAAACAAUUUCUGACACGGUGAAAAACCGCGUGAAGGAUUUAAACAUUCAGCGUUACAAGAUUAUUUGUCUUGUGCACAUUGGACAGCUGGGGAAUCAAGCAAUGCGCAUCGGAAGUAGGUGUCUUUGGGAUACAAACUACGACACAUUUGCUUCGUUUGAAUUCACAAACGGGUCGCUCUUUGCGACCGCUACGGUUUAUGGCGUUUAUUUUGAAUAGUGCACUGAUUAAUUUAACGCAGGGAAAUAAUUACAGACCAUUUUAUGUUCAUAAAACCACGUUUGUGAUGAGCUCUGUAGCGUGUCUCAACGACCAAAAAGAGCGGCGUAAAAAUUAGAUUUAAAAGCGUUUUAAGAUAAUAUAAAUUGUAGCAUUUACGUAUCUUUAGACCGAUCGUUUCUACUAAAUUUUAAUAUAAUUCACCUCUACAUGUUUUAUUUGAUCACCUAGUAACAUUCCAUUGAACUAUUGUAACUCUAAUAAGUUUAUUUAUUUAUUUUACAAGUACUUGUGAAUAAAGUUAUUGGAGCAAGAUCUUAGGUUCCACUCAGGCUGAUUCUAAAAGUAGUUUCGAUCCUACAUUGAUCGUAAGUAAGAGGUAAAAACAGGAUGCACUGAUUCUUAGACUAGUUACGGGAGGCAAAUUUAGACGUGGCUCUGGGGCCGAGAACCUCUAAUACGUUGACAAACGUUGACAAAACCUUUGUUGUACAUGCGGGUUAAACACAAGCUUUGUGAUCGAUUAAAUAUUUGUACAUGUU